AUGAGCAAGGGUGAUAAGAAGGAAGUCACCUGGACUGAAGUGAUUCGGAAGAAAAGGAGGAGACUGGAUUCAUCGAAUUCCAAUGCCAUCGCAGUGAGGCCCAAGAACGGUGAGUCAUACGCGAUGAUUUUGAGGGCAAUCAAGCAGGAUGUUAAUAUCGAAGAGAUCGGAGCCCAAGCGUCUUCCAUUACGGAGAGCCGUGGUGGAAAUAUCCUCAUCAGACUGGCUAAAUCCGAUUCCAGGCAACCAGACCUUGAGAAUGCUCUGAAAAAUACUCCAAGGGAGCGAGCUGUUGUUCGUGGCCUCGAAAAAUGGGUAGUGAUCAAAAUUACAGGAUUAAACUUCAUCACGACAGAGGAGAAAGUAUUCUCAGGAAUUUGCAGCAAAUUAGAGUUAUCGGCCGGUGAAGUUUCAAUCAAGGUCUGGAGCUUACGCGCCUCGUACUCUGGAACGCAAAAAGCGACGAUCAGCUUGAAAGACGACGAUACCACGAAGUUGCUGAAGAAAGAGCGACUGAAAAUCGGCUGGAUGUUUGCCAAAAUAAGUCGGUUGGUGAAAGCAACCAGGUGUUUUAGGUGCUUGUGCUACGACCACACGCAACACAAUUGCAAGGGUCCAGACCGGAGACAAUCAUGUAGCGUGUGCAUCGAGGAUGAGUAUUGGGCGUCUUCGUGA